UGAUACAUCCAUGCCGUAAACAGGAGAAAGCGGAAACAAAAGAGGUUUUAUAAAAACACAAACACAUCCCCGGCUGUCGAAGUAUUCAGGGAAUAAACUACGGCCAUUGACUUCGCCAGCAAUAUUAUUAAAAUUCAAAUAAAGAGCGAGUCGACGUGAGUUGUGGAGCAAACUGCAUCAGUCAACAUGGCAUUGAAAAGAAUACAGAAGGAGCUGCAUGACCUGCAGAGAGACCCUCCAGCACAGUGCUCUGCUGGACCAGUGGGAGAUGACUUGUUUCAUUGGCAGGCAACCAUAAUGGGUCCGGGUGACAGUCCUUACCAAGGAGGAGUUUUCUUUCUCACAAUCCACUUCCCCACUGACUACCCAUUCAAGCCUCCAAAGGUAGCAUUUACAACUAAGAUUUAUCACCCAAAUAUUAACAGCAAUGGGAGUAUCUGUUUGGAUAUUCUACGGUCACAAUGGUCUCCAGCGCUAACCGUGUCUAAAGUUUUAUUGUCCAUAUGUUCAUUGCUUUGUGAUCCAAACCCAGACGACCCCUUAGUUCCAGACAUAGCACACAUGUACAAGAACGACAAAGACAAAUACAACAAACUAGCAAAAGAUUGGACCCAAAAGUACGCCAUGUAAAGAAAAAACAGAUGAAGAAAAACAUGCUGAAAAUGUUCCUUUUCUAAAGUCACAACACACUGUAAAUUAUAGUAUGGAAUCAUUAAGUAAUCUUAGGUAACCUCCAUCAAACUGAACUGUCAUUAACAUUAUCAUUAAUCCAUGACAUAUACUGUACAUUCUUCGUGUUUGAAAGGAAGCAGAGGAUUUUACUUUGACCAGAUGAGAAAGAUUGCCUCUGGUCACUUUAUGGAUACUGUGACGUUUCAAAGAAGUUUGGCAUGUUGUUCUUGCAUCACAUAACUUUUAUUUAUAACACGUUUAUUACAAAUUGCUUACCAGCAUUCUUCAUUUUUGAAGUAAACUUAGUUGAUUGUGGGACAUGAAUCCCAACAUAUUCUGUUCAGCAACAAGCCUUUUUCAGAGGAGCUGAGUAAUCGUGCAGCAGGAUCGCAUACAUGUUCGACAAGCUGCUCCACAACUGGAAAGGCCCAGGUUCAGUCCCUGCUGCGGCUAUCAGCUGCCAGCGAAGAACACACUGAACCAUGGAAAUGUGGAAGUGUGAAUGCCAAAUAUGUAAGCCCCUCAUUUUGACACGAGUCAUGUAGUGGGUGAUUGAGGUUUUUUUGUAGUUCUUUUGCAUUUUGUAGCAGACGUAGUGGAAUGAAACAAUGUACUGUUGCUGUUUCCCUGGAAAUGGGAGCAAUUACAAAUCAAGUCACAUAUUACUGUGUUCUUCUUCCUAUUAUUAUUAUUAUUAUUAUUAUUAUUGUUAUUAAUUGUAUAGUGUUAAAAUCCUCUGGGAUAUUUCAUUAAAAUUAUGUAGUCUUUUCCCCUGAGAAUAGCCGUGACGUUGGCUCUUUGGUUGGAUUUACACAGGCAAAGAUCAGGUUUUUAACCCAAUGAAACCUAUACUGAAGGGUUAAAUGUGUUCUUCUGUUUGACCUCCAGUAUGUCUUUAUCUAUGCUAUAGAAAUGGUACAAAUCCAAUUUUCUGUUCCUGUGUAAACAGUUUCUCACUUGUGUCUUUGAGUCCUGUGUGGCACCUUUUGUACUGAAUUAAAGAAAGUUACAGUUUU